AUGAAAGAAAAGUGCUACAUCUGGGGGACACGACUGAAGACUUACGCAGAUGGCAGUACUAACGAGUAUGACCACAUGUGCACUCUGAUUGCCCAAGAUAAUUACAUUUUAUUUAGAAUGCACCUUGCAUCCCUCCAGGCAGAAAGUUAUAUAGAAUCUGAGAUUGUAUCUGCCAUGUGCCACAUCCUCAACCGGAAAAAUGAUAAAAGGUUUCAAGAACAAGUAUACUGUCUGCCCCUUGAUAUUGUGAGCAUGGCCCUUUCAAAGCACCCAAAGGGGGAAUUCAUAUCACCGAAAACCAAUAAAGAAUUCAGGGGAUAUGUAUUUUCAAGAUUGAGAGCAUAUGCUGGCGGGGAACCUCUACAGAAAGACGAGAAGGAGAAGCAAAUUAAAGCAUCAUAUGUUAAAAUAUCAGGCCAAAAAUCAAGCUAUGACUGCGGUAUAUACGUUAUGAAGUGGCUUGAGUUAAUUGAGCCGGAAAACAUUAAAAAGGGGAAGUAUGAAUGGGAUAAUUGGAAACAGGAGGAGGUGGACCACUAUAGAGUUGAGUAUGCUUCACGGAUACUAUUCAGUGAAAUGAAUAAAGAGAGAGAUCAGGCAAUUAGAGAGAGUAAUGUAAUAAGGCUGUCGAAGCCAUCCUCUGUAUUAUUGAGUCCGUUUUGUCAGAUAAAUUCUGCUGAUAUAGAAAUUGCGUAAUCCAA